AUGUCCAAAUUCAUCAACUUCGUCAACUCCAUCACCAUCAAGAGUCGCGAAAAUGCAUCCACAGCCCCACCAUCCCCUAAGCGACAGCUACUAAGUGGACUAACCUGGGCGGACAUCAGUUUCCCGACCAGCCCUAACUUUAGAGACUCCGAGUUCCCUCGCAUGCUGUCCAUGAAAGAUCCGAGAUGGCUGUUCACCCGAGAAAGGGUCGAGAGCAUCAUCGAGUACAAGUUUACAAAGCCGGAACUUUUGCGACAAGCCAUGUAUCCUGUCCAGUAUGGUUGGGCUUGCAUCACCGACAUUGAUGGAUCUCCGGACCACACAUUUGAAAAGGGCAAUCACAAGCUGGCACACAUGGGAGAUAGCCUCUUGAAGACUGUGGCCGUGGAUACCUGGUUCUGGCGUAUGGCAAAAGCUAAGCAACUUCACGAGACGUUUGCUCUGUACAGCAAGAACAUCUUCCUGAACGAAGUGGCCCAGAAGAAGGGGUUGAGCGAGAUCUUGCAAAUCUGGUUUCGGAACGGUAUUAUCAAGGGUCCGAAGACUGAGGYGACGACUGUGGAGGCUAUCAUUGGAGCUGUGUGGUUUGAUUCGGGCAACGACUUGCAUGAGAUUCGGAAGUUGGUUGAUCUGCUCGUGGGCACUAGCUUGGUGAGUGAGCACAAGUUGCACUACCCAACUACCAAGUAA